UUGGAAGCCCGGAAAAAGUUUGCUGUGAAUAUGGCUGAUCAGCAGCACCAAGAUAAAAAAGUUCGUUUUUCAAUCAAUUCAUUUGCCGAUAUUCAAAAUGUUAUCAAUUCACUUCUUCACGAUAAGGAUACGAAUCAAAAACUCGAACAGACGAUUGAUUCAAUUGAAAAGAAAACGAACGUUAAAAGAGAGACGUUUUUCUAUGUGAUAUGUGGCCUAUUGGCAGUUUAUAUGGUAUUCGGUGCAUUGGCCGAGGUUGUUUGCAAUCUGAUCGGAUUCGGGUAUCCGGCGUAUGCGUCUGUUAAGGCAGUUCGUUCAAGACAGAAGGAUGACGAUACACAAUGGUUGAUUUAUUGGACAGUGUUUGCGUCUUUUACAAUAAUUGACUUCUUUGUUGAAGCACUGCUGAAAUAUUUCCCCAUUUAUUGGGCGCUGAAGGCACUUUUCUUACUCUACCUGUAUUUGCCACAAACCUAUGGUGCGUUGGCACUGUAUGAGAAGCUCAUCGAUCCGGCAAUCACAAAAAUUGAUGAAUUGAUCGAGAAACAUUACACUUCCAAACAGAAAUAG